GCCAUCGUCACGUGUGGUGAGCGUUCAUAGUAACACGUUUUCAAGUUUCAUGGAUAGCAGCACUGUCAACCAGAGUAGUCAUACAGUUGGAAUUUUCAUUUUUCCAAAUGGUGAUAAAUAUGAGGGUGAAUAUGUUAUCCUAGAUGGAGGUGUGAUAGAGAGACAAGGUUAUGGAAAGCAUACUUGUGCUUCCACUGGCAUCUGCUAUGAAGGUACAUGGCUCAAUGAUAUGCUCAAUGGGGAAGGAAGUUAUACACAUAAAUUGGGAGCAAUUUACGAAGGCCAUUUCAAGAAUAACAAGUUCCACGGUGCAGGAAAGUAUAGCUGGCCUGAUGGAAUGAGCUGUGUUGGCCAGUUUGUUGAAAACAGGUUACAAGGCAAGGGGCAGUUUUAUGACCAGGAGGGACACUCUUGGGUUGGAACAUUCCGGGGCAAGGUGGCUGCAGGACUACAGCUGCAUCUGCAAGUAUGACGAUUUUCCAAAAUAUUCUAAUUUAACUCCUUAAAUGCUCACCCGUUUUACAGUUGUCACUAUCAAUUUAUUACAUGUCACUUGCAUAUUAUCAAAACAAUAAAACCCAUAUACUGAUUUUUAUGAUGUAAAGCAUGUAUCAUUCAUGAUGAAAAUUGAAAAUUAGCACUCAAUGUUUUACUGCACUGCUUAAGUACUGCUCCAUGUUACUGAUAAAGACAAGCUGGUAAGAUGCAAGAUUAGACGUAUGAAAUAACUAAUUACUAAUUCCACAUCAUGGCAACAUGAUACCGCACAUCCAUUAAAAAAUCUAAUUAUAUUAACCAGGGUUCAUGACAAAACACAUUCAACGUUCAAAUUUGUAGAAAUCAGAUUUCAAGCGUGAUCAUGAAAAAUAUAACAACUUAACUAUAAGGAGAUGCUAUUACCAUGUUUUUAAUACAAAAUGCACAAAUAAAUGCAAUGACAUACAAAACAUAUGAUUUAUAAGGGUCAAACUAUUUCUACAUAUGUACUUAGGACGAUCAUACAAAUUACUUCACUAUUGUGUCUGUCUACAGAAGGAAAACAUACAUACACAUAAAACCAACUUGACAGAAUAUAUAGUUUGCUACUUGAUAUGGUUGAUAAGUUGUGAUGAAACAUUUAAACACACAGGCACUCAGAGUACAUGGAAACUGUCUCAUACCCAUGCAAUAAA